AUGGGAUCGAGAUGCUUUGUCUCGUUGCGGUCCACAAAACGGAUACAGGACAUACACGCAUUGAGUACAAGACGCAUACAUGCUAGCAAUACGGCACAAUUUGCAACUCCUCUCGAUCAACCAGUUUCAACCCAAGCAAAAAAGAGCAAAGAACGCUUAGUUAUUCUAGGUUCAGGAUGGGGUGCAAUGUCUUUGCUAAAAGGAUUGGAUCAAACAAGAUAUGAAGUAAUGGUCGUUUCUCCAAAUACCUAUUUCGCAAUGACGCCAUUAUUAGCACAAGCGGCAACCGGUUCAUUAGAAUUACGAACGACAAUGGAACCCGUACGUGGAAAUCAUAAUAUUCAUUUUUAUCAUGCAUGGACGGAAAAGAUUGAUUUGGAAAAAAAGACAUUAACACUUAUGCCAGCUUAUCCACCCGUUUUUAGACAAAAAGAUCCAACUUCAACAAAUCAUUAUCCAAAUGCACGAGAGUAUUCUUUAUCUUUUGACAAAUUGGUCAUCAGUGUGGGCGCAUACAAUCGUACUUUUAGUACACCAGGUGUUCGUGAAAAUGCUUGGUUUUUGAAAGACGUUCAGAAUGCAAGAGCGAUUCGAUGGAGAAUAUUGGAAUGUUUCGAACAGGCAGACCAUCCAAAUCUGACAGAUGAUCAACGAAAAGCACUCUUGAACUUUAUUGUUGUAGGAGGUGGGCCGACAGGGAGUGAAUUCGCUGCUGAAUUGCAUGACCUUCUCUCUUCUGAUCUAAAGAGAUUGUUCCCGGAUAUCGUCAAAUUUGCCAGUAUCAGCAUCGUCGACGCUUCUGCUGGGAUUUUGAACAACUUUGACGCUUCUUUGGCAACUUAUGCUCGUGAAAAGUUUGCAAGAGAUGGAAUCAACGUCAUGCUCAACCGCAAAGUCAAGGCAGUGGAAAGGGGGAAUCUAGUAGUUGAACCUGAUGGAGAGAUUCCUUUCGGUUUGCUUGUUUGGUCAACGGGUAUAUGUGCAUCGCCUCUAGUGAAAAGGACAAAUUCCAUCGCCAAGGAUGAUGGCAACUCUUUCUUCCUAACAGACGAUCAUUUGCGUUUUGUUGAGGAUGUGUAUGCCAUCGGAGAUUGUGCACAGAUACAAGGAAAGUUUCUGCCCGCCACCGCACAAGUUGCUUCGCAAAAAGGGAAACACCUAGCCCACGUCUUGAACGGAAAGAUGGGAGAAGAUCCAGAAGCAGACGAAAAAGUCUUCAAGCAUCGUGAUAUGGGAUCAAUGGCAAGUUUGGGUAGUGGAAGUGCAAUCGUUGAUAGUCCAAACGCAAAAGCACAAGGAAGGAUCGCUUGGGUGAUUUGGCGAUCGGCAUAUACGUACAUGAGUUUGUCAUGGCGUAAUAGGCUACUUGUGCCUUUCUUUUGGACCAUCAAUCGCCUGUUCGGUAGAGAUCUUACAAGAUUUUAG